GGCGCCGCGCAGGCGCAGUGCGGGGAGGGAGGGGGCGCCAUGGCGGAGAGCCCGCGGCCGAAGAGGAGGCGGGAGGAGGAGGAGGAGGAUGAAAAACCCGGGGCCGCCCCUCACGACGGGGCCGCCGCCGCCGCUCCCUUCCCGCUGGCGGAGCUGCGGCUGCGGCGGGUGCUGCGGGAGUCGGCGAGGGAUAAAGCCGUGUUCCUGCACGGGGAGGCGACCGGCCCCUCCGGCGAGGGCACAGACGCCGUGAUCAUCCUGGAAAAGACCCCAUUCCAGGAGGAGAAGCUCUCAGACCUGCUGAAGAAACAUGUAAAGCUGGAGCUGCAGAUGCGCAAUGACAUCUACAGCACCUACCACCUCUACCCUCCCCCGGAGCUGAGCGAGAUCAAAACCACGGUGGUGUUCCCAGCUACGGAGAAACAUAUCCAGAAAUAUCUCCGGCAAGACGUGCACCUCGUCCGCGAAACCUGGGAGGAUUACACCCAAAUCACGCUGCCUUUUAUCCAGUCCCAGAGCUUCAGCGUUCAGUGGGUGUAUAAUAUCCUGGAGAAGAAAGCCGAGGCCGAUCGGAUCGUCCAUGAAAACCCCGAUCCUUGCGACGGCUUCGUUCUAGUUCCAGAUUUUAAGUGGAAUCAAAACCAGCUGGACGAUCUCUACCUGAUCGCCCUCGUUCACCGCCGGGACCUCAAAUCACUUCGGGAUCUCACGGCCGAGCACCUUCCGCUGCUCAGGAACAUUUUACGAGAAGGCGAGGAGGCCGUAACGAAGCGUUUCGGCAUCGCCGCGUCCCGUCUGCGCGUGUACCUGCAUUACCAGCCCUCCUACUAUCACCUGCACGUGCAUUUCACAGCGCUGGGCUACGAGGCGCCGGGCAGCGGUGUCGAGCGCGCCCAUCUCCUGGCCGAUGUCAUCGACAACCUCGCCGCCGACCCAGCGUUUUACCAAAAACGUGCCUUGACCUUCGCCCUCCGCGCCGACGAGCCCCUCUUCCACAAAUUCCGAGAGGCGGGAAGAGCGUGACCCACCGCGGGUCCUUUUGUAUCGUUUUUUUACUCUUAAUAAAACCCGUUCUAUUUUCCUUAUUUUCCAACUUUCGUCCCUUUAGUUGUAUAUUUUUAACUCCGAUUUUGUACGCGUGCGGCGGAACCCGUUCCUUGUGCUCAAAUCAAUUAAAAAAUUGAUUAACCCCC